AUUAAACCGGGAGUAAAAUCAAAUCAGAUAUAUCUAUUUAUAAACGGAAAUUGGUUUAAUACCAGCAUUUUAGUUUUUGAAUACGAUAGCAUUCGGAAAAAAAAUUGCGGCGGUAAAACACAUAUGAAAAAAGUUUUUUUUUGAGAAAGCACAUGAAAAAAUAAUCAAAAACAAAUCAAACAAAAUCUAAAGCACAUGACAUUACCGUUAAUUAAUGAGGGGAGUGAAUGGUAAAAAAUCUGAAGUAAAUCUUUCCUUUUAUCACAAUCUUCAACGGCUCAAUUUAGUAAAAGAAAAGGGAAAUUAAAAAUCUGAAGUAAAUCUUUCCUUUUUCACCGUAAGGAAAAAUCUAUAAAUAUCACCCAUCCAAUUCAAUUCACACAGUUUCUCACGCAAUUUCUUUCGUUGUUGUUGCUUCCUUCUUCGUGUGCGAUAUAAAACAAGAGAGUGUUUGGAGAAUCAACAAGAAAAGCCACACCAUGCGAUCACCUCGUCCCUCCUCUUGUUCCAAGUGCUCUUCUUCUCCUUCUUCUACUCAUUCACUCGCUGCAACGAGUUUGAAAAGCAGACUGUUGACGAUAUUCAAGAAAGCUCAGGAGCUUACAACUCUCUGUGAUAUCGAAGCCUGCGUCAUUCAUUACGGACCUGACGGCGAACUGAAGACAUGGCCAGAGGACAGAGACAAAGUGAAAGACUUGGCUCUCCGCUACAUCCAGUUAGACGAAGCCAAGAGACGCAAGAAAAGCGUCAAUCUUUACGAGUUCCUCAACAAGAAUAAGGAUAAGAAGACGAUGAUCAACAAGAAGGCGAAGAGGAAUGUUGAAGAACUAAAGUAUCCAAUCUCUGAUCAUUACUCUCCCCACCAAAUCAACCAACUGAUUCACUCCUUGGAACUAAGUUACUCUACUUUGCAAGAAAGACGCCGUUUUCUUGCGGCAAAAGCAAACUUGGAGGAUCGUCAACAUUCUUUAAACCCUAGCCACUUCACCCAAGAGUCUGUGUUGAAAAAUCAGGAGCUUUGUGUUAAUGAUAAGAACAGCAACAACUUUCAACAUCUUUGCGUUUCUGAUUACUCAGCGGUACAAGAAUCUGCGUUACGUUAUCACUCUAUGCUUUAUGAUCAGAACAUGAUGUGUAUGGGUAACAUCAACAACGUUCAACAUCCUUGGCUCUCAAACGCACACCCACCAGAGCUACAAGAACCUAAUCAGUUGAUGCAGCGUGAGCUUAAUUAUGGCUUUGAUCAGAAUAUGUGUAUGAGUGAUACUACCAACAGCUUCAGCGUUGUAGAUCCUUGUCUCCCAAACAUGCUUCCAGAUGAUUUCUGCUUUGAUUUUCAAGACCCUUAUGGUGGUAACAUGGUCGGUAACCCUAGUUUCUCUCAAGAUUUUUUUCCGGACAUGUCUUCAAGCUAUGUUUAUGGGAGCCGACUACUUCAGGAGUCUACUCUACCAUCUCUCUCUAGCUCCAACAUUACUAACGAAAACUCUGAGAUUCCAAGCAAUUUACCUGAUGAUCACAGAAAGUGAAGCUGUUUAUGCAUCUGCAUGUUUUUAUUUUGAAUACGCAUAUAUAUAUAUAUAAAUGUAACUGGAAAACAGAAGUUUUGUUCGGUUUAGUACACUAUUCAUAUAUGUAUGCAUGGUCAUAUCUUUAAUGAAAACUCGUAGAAAUUCAAUGCAAAACAAUUUAUUUUGAAACAUUGUGAUAUGUAUUUCUCUCGUUGAUUGUCACAGCAGAUCCUUUUUUUCUGAACAGAAUUAAAUUUCAAAACAUUUGCUUCUAAUUUAUGUUACUUCUUUCUCACUACUCUAUGACAACCAAAACUAAAACACCAAACAAAGACUACUCAUGUUAUGUAGUUGUUAAGACAAUGACGGAGAACAAUCAGGCUGUUGCCAGACAACGAUGUAAAGAAAGACCAGUGCUUUCAAGUAAGUACAUGUCUUUCGUCUUGCCUUGUCCUGCAAACUCAGAGUCAUAGUCCAACUUCACUCUCACUCUUAACUUCUUCAAAACAGUAUAUGUUUUUGUA